AUGUCAGGAUACCACGAAGCACUCCGGUGGUACAACAAGCGGGAAGACGUUGCGAUGCCAAUGGAGUACGCGACAAAACUCAAAACGAUAUUCACAGGAAUGCACCGUCUAACUGCAACUGACGAGCAGACGUCAAACCUGAAGGACUCUGGCACACGGCCGCCUGGAUUUAGCAUGUAUGAGGCACUUUGCCAAGAGUCCCUCCGAACGUCCGACAGCGGUUUUGUACACCUGUUCCUUGUGAUCUCUUGGAACUUGAUGGCGCGCUCUAAAUCGACUGAGACGAUUCACAUUGUUCACAUUUCGAUUGAAGAAGAUGCAAUUGGUGUCACGUACUUUAAGUCAAAGACCGACCAGACCGGAAGCGCCGAGACCCUCGACAUGUCUGCGCAAAUCCAUCAUCACCGGUAA